UCCAAAUAUAGGUGCUCCCAAGUCCCAACUAACCCAGAAAAUCUGAUCCCAUUCUGUUAUGUGUUCCCGCACUUUUUUCUUUUUCAUUAUCGAUUGCAUUUUCAUUCCUCGAUCAUCAUUAACUGUAAGAUUCAAUUUGGAUUUUCGUAAGUAUUAAACGUGAGAAUUCUGGUUUUUAUGGAUUCAUGGUACAUAUUUUGGUCUGGAAUGGCUUUCCACGGCGUUUGUUUGGAUUUCUGAUUCGGAGAGGGGUUUCGAACCGUUUCUCUGGCGGCAUUCGUCGUAUUUCCAAUAAGGCUGCAGGCAUUUCUGUGUUGUUGAUUUAGAAUUGGAGGGAUUUUUUUUUUUUUUUUUCAUAAUUUGCCGAGAAAAAUGGUGUGCGUUUCGCCUAACAUAAAGGCUCGGAGCUCGCUGGAAGUAAUGCUGGAGACUCUCCGGGAAAAGCAGGGGAAUGAGAAGCCAAUAGACUCGCUUCCGGAGCUGCCGACGAGGCCGCGGGCUAAGGCCAGAACGAGGCUACCAUCUGCCAAAAGAGUGUUGCCAAAAAGCUUUAAUGAUCCUGAUGUUGAAGUGGAGAGGUCAUUGAACAGUGAUUCGGUGAAAGAAGAGGUUAAAGAGGUGAGAGGGAAUAGUUUUGAGGCUACAAAGGAAAUGGAGCCCAGCGAAUCGCCUUACCUCACGUCAGCCCAAGGGAAGGACUCUACACGGACAUCGGAGCAGCGAGAUGAUGAAGCAAAGCUUGCCGGUUCAUCUCAGGCCUUGCACCCGAGGUUUCACGAGUCUGAAUGGAAUGAUAACAUUAGUUAUUUCAUUAAGAAGAAACUUCGUGUUUGGUCUCGCCUACAAAAUGGACAGUGGGAAUCAGGACAGAUACAAUCAACUUCAGGAGAGAAAUCUGCAGUUUUGCUUUCAGAUGAAAGUGUUGUGACAGUGCCCACAGCAGACCUCUUACCUGCAAAUCCAGAUAUUCUUGAGGGAGUUGAUGAUCUCAUACAACUUAGUUAUCUGAAUGAGCCAUCAGUUCUUAACAACUUGCAAAGCAGAUAUUCUCGCGAAGCAAUAUAUAGUAAGGCUGGUCCAGUUUUAAUAGCAGUUAAUCCCUUCAAAGAUGUCCAAGUGUAUGGGAAUGAAUUUGUCACAGCUUACAGGAAGAAGUUGAUGGAUAGUCCUCAUGUCUAUGCUAUUGCUGACAAAGCCUACAAUGAAAUGAUGGAAGGAGGAAAAAACCAGUCCAUCAUCAUCAGUGGAGAAAGUGGAUCUGGCAAGACAGAAACAGCAAAAAUUGCCAUGGAAUACUUGGCUGCUCUUGGUGGAGGAAGCAAUGGGAUAGAGUAUGAAGUACUGCGUACAAGCUGUAUAUUAGAGGCCUUCGGAAAUGCAAAAACAUCUAGAAAUGACAACUCCAGUCGCUUUGGUAAAUUGACUGAGAUUCAUUUUAGUGCAACAGGAAAAAUACUUGGUGCUAAAUUACAAACUUUUCUUCUUGAAAAGUCAAGAGUGGUUCAGCUGGCCCAGGGAGAGAGGUCAUACCAUAUCUUUUACCAGCUUUGUGCUGGUGCUCCGUCUGGUCUCAGAGAUAAACUGAAGUUAAAAGAUGCAUCUGAGUUCAACUAUCUCAAUCAAAGUGGCUGCUUGGUUAUAAGUGGUGUUGAUGAUGCUAAUGAGUUUCAUAUGCUCACGGAAGCCCUAAACAGUGUCAAGAUUUGUGAAAGAGAUCAAAUGCAUGCUUUUGAGUUGAUUGCCGCAGUGUUAUGGCUGGGAAACAUUUCAUUUGAAGUGAUUGACAGUGAAAACCAUGUUGAGCCUGUGGCUAAUGAAGCUGUUACCAAUGCAGCUAGCUUGAUAGGGUGCAGUCCCCAUGACCUCAUGCUAGCUUUAUCAACACGUAGAAUACAAGCAGGCAACGAUGAGAUUUCCAAAAAAUUAACAAUCCAGCAGGCAAUUGAUACAAGAGAUGCAUUGGCAAAAUUUGUAUAUGCAAGCUUGUUUGACUGGGUUGUAGUAGAUAAGAUAAAUACAUCGCUUGCAAUGGGAAAGCAACAUACUGGUAGAUCAAUAAAUAUUCUAGACAUUUAUGGUUUUGAAUCAUUUAAGAAUAAUGGUUUUGAACAGUUUUGCAUAAACUAUGCAAAUGAGAGGCUUCAACAGCAUUUUAAUCGUCAUCUAUUCAAACUUGAGCAAGAGGAAUAUGAGUUGGAUGGAAUUGACUGGAGAAAAGUUGAAUUUGAAGACAACCAAGCCUGUUUAGAUCUCAUUGAGCAGAAACCAAUUGGGCUUAUAGCUUUGCUGGAUGAAGAGUCAAAUUUCCCUAAAGCUACUGAUUUAACCUUUGCCAAUAAACUUAAGGAGCACUUGAAAACAAAUCAGUGCUUAAAAGGAGAACGGGGAGGAGCAUUCAGUAUUCAGCAUUAUGCUGGCGAGGUUCUCUAUAGUGCCAGCGGUUUCUUGGAAAAGAACAGAGAUGUUUUGCAUUCUGAUAUUAUUCGGCUGCUCUCAUCAUGCAGUUCCCAACUACUUCAGUUGUUUAUCAGUUCUGUGCUUAACCAAUCUCAGAAAUCAAGUCCAACAACAAAGUUUGCUGUGUCAGAUGUUCGGAAACAAAGUGUUGGUACAAAAUUUAAGUGUCAGUUAUUCCAAUUAAUGCAGCAGUUGGAAAACACUACACCACACUUCAUUCGUUGCAUAAAGUCAAAUACUAAGAAGAUUCCUGGGGUGUUUGAGAAAGAUCUUGUCCUACAGCAACUUCAAUGCUGUGGGAUUCUAGAAGUUGUAAGGAUCUCAAGAGCUGGCUAUCCUACUAGGAUGACACAUCAAGAUUUCACAGAAAGAUAUGGCUUCCUCCUUUCGGAAAAUAAUGUGUCCAGAGAUCCUUUAAGUGCAUCAGUUGCCAUUCUGCAGAAAUUCAAUAUCCAUCCUGAAAUGUACCAAGUUGGGUACACCAAAUUAUAUUUCCGAGCAGGACAAAUUGCUGCAUUGGAGAACAUGAGAAAACAAGUUCUCCAAGGUACUCUUGAGGUGCAAAAACGCUUUCGUGGACAUCUUGCUCAUCGUCGCUUCCAUGAACUCAAAGGAAGUGUAAUGGCACUUCAAUCUAUUGUUCGUGGUGAAAUUGAUCGAAAGCAGUAUGAUGCUUUGCUAAAGUCAAAGGAGGAAGUAGAACGCAAAAAACUUGAUGAGGAGUUGGUGGCCGCUGUACAGAUACAAACAGCAAUUCGUGCAUUCUUGUCUCGAAGACAUUUUAUUAGCCUGCAGAAUUCGAAAAAGUCAAUUAUCAAGGAGCAAAAUGCAAGCAGAAAGAUUUCAGGAGUCCAAAAUGCAAGCAGAAAGAUUUCAGGAGUGAAGCCGGUGAAGGAUACACCUCCAGAAGUUCUACCUUCUGUUCUGGAAGAACUUGAAAAACGGGUUUUAAAGGCUGAGACAACCAUUGGGGAGAAGGAAAAAGAAAAUGCAGCUUUGAAACAACAAGUGAAACUAUUUGAGAUGCGAUUAUCAGAAUAUGAGGCCAAGAUGAACUCUAUGGAGAUAUGGCAAAAGCAAAUGGGAAAUUUGCAGGCAAAACUUGCUCUAGCUAAGUGUCUUACUGUUAGUGGCAGUCUUGGUCACUCAUCUACUCCCUCUUUUGACUCUACAACUACAAGCUCACCUAUGGGAAUUUCCAGCCCUACAGGAAGCGCUUCAAUGAAAUCGAGUAACUAUGAUUCUGAUACUGAAUCUAUACGAGACGGUAGUCUUAUUGCAGUUAGUCAACUUGUAAAUGAGUUUGAACUAAAGAGACAAAAAUUUGAAGAUGAUGCUGCAAAUAUUGUUCAUCUGAAGGCAAUGCAGCCACACUCAGCUUCUCCCGAAGCAGAGCUCAAAAGACUGAAACGCCAGUUUACUGAAUGGAAGCAAGAUUACAAUGCUCGAUUAAAGGACGCAAGGGCAAAUCUGCACAAGCUUGAGCAUUCAAAAGAUAGGCGUCAAAAAGGGUGGUGGGGAAAGGAUCAAUUAGUAACAGCUUUAAGUAACCCCUCUCGCAUUUUAGGAAUGAAAUGGUAUAGAUGAAUUAAUCUGCCAAAUACAGGUCUAUAAGUAAUUAAUUAUAUGAUGCUUACUCUUAGGAAGAUGUACUAGGAAGCCAGUGUGGUUGUGUCUAUAUAUUCACUGCUUUCUUUAGUAGGUUGCUGAUUUCCAUUGUGCUGCCACUCAAAUUAGGUCAUGAAAGUACCAAGUACAGUUUGUAUGUAUUAUGUAGAUGGGAACACAUUGUAUAUUUUAGUUAUCAGAAAAUAAUAUCAGUUGGUGAUUUAGGAAGCUUAUAAUUUCAUGUUGUAUACACUUGAAAUAAUAUUGUUGGAAAUACAAUUUGCAGAAAGGUUUACAUUCAA